GGCGGGGGCGGGUCGGGGCCGCGCGCCGCUGAGUCACCGGCGCCUCGGACCCGCGGCGAAGUUGGGCGGGACCCCGAGACCCCGGCCCGCGCACCUGCCGUCAGGUGCCCAACCGCGAGCGCGCCGCGCGGGCCGGGGCUUUUCUUUCUCGGGCCCGGGAGCGCGCCCCCGCCCCCCGCCCGCCGCUUGUCCGAGCCGGAGGCGGUGCCCCCCCCCCUCCACCCCGGGGGGGCGGCCUAGGGAGCCCGGACGUUCCCGCGGGCCCGGCGCCCCUGCCCUGCCCUCCCCACCUGCUUCGCCUUUAGCCCGCGGAGGUCCGCUGCGAGGCGGGAAGGCGGGGGCGAAAAUACACGGCCACGUGCAGGGGAGCGCGUGGUCGCGCAGGGCCCACCCGGCCGCGUCCACCUGGGUGCUUCCGCCGGCUCGGCCGGUGCUGCCCUGCCCGGCGGUGGCUUCCACCCGCGCUCCGGGGGAGGGGGCGGGAGGGCAAGGAGAAGGGGACUCAUGACCGAUGUCACGUUCCGAGCAGCUGACCUGCCAGGGGUUCCCCGGAGGGAGGCCCUGAUGUGGAAGCUUCGGGUGGGGAGGGGGACAGGGCGAACGUGUCCCUUCUCCCGAGCCCCGUGGUUCUCAGUUUUCUCAUCGGUGAGUGGGGGGCUCCAUCUCCUCUAAGUCGGGCCGCGGCUUCCUCUGUGAUCCUGCCGCGUUCGGGACACAGUGUGCCAGGGUGCCGGCUUCCGCACACCUUUCCGGGAGCCUGGGGAGGGUACAGGAAACGUGUCUCUCUCCACCUAGGUCUCCCUUAGGUAAAAGAAACCGCUCUGCCUGCUGUCUCUGAUCGUACUGCUCCUCGCCACGUGUUGUGGCGUCUUUUGACAAAGACUCCACAUUGGUGGAGUUCGUGUUUGGGGCCGCUGGAAGUUCCUGCUCUCCGAGCUGUGUUAAUGAUUAUGCCGCUGUUUACCUGUCGCGCCGCUCUCGUGGCGGGGGCAGAAGUGCUCCCCUGCCAAAUGAAUUGUCAGUGUGGAAGAUCCCGCCACCUUCCCUCACCAGGUGCCGGCCCGGGAAGCUCCCUGGUCUCGAACACCCACGCCCCACACAGCAGAUAGAGUCAGUGGGUUCCCGCAAGUGUGGCUUGGGUGUCCCUCCUCCCUGCCCCUUCUCCCUUAUUGGCCUCGGUGAGGAUUUGCCCUUACAGCCCUCACCGCACAGGUAUCUUGAUAAAGCGCAGCCGUGUGCCGGGCCGUCUCCGAUCUGCCGCCUUCUGGGGCUGGGCUCUUUAAAGAGCGUCCGUCUAAGCAGGUGGGAGGGGUCCGGAAGCUGACGGUGGGCUGUGCAGGUAGGUGAGACUCACUUGCCAGCCUCUCUCGCUUUGCUUUGCGCUUUGCGGGUAGCUGACACCUCCGGAGGACUUCCCUCCCCAGGGCAAACCAGUGGGAAUGCUUGAGUUUGAGCUCCUUAGAGGGGGUCUGCUUUGAGAACUUAACGAGGGGAUCUCUCCUGGUUCCAAAAUGAAGUUUACUAACUCGAAAACACAAAGCAAGUCUUCUCUCCGGAGCGCACUUGCCUUCCGCGCUUGAACGGAGCUGGACUUUAAGGGACGCGUUCCAAGUUCAGCCUCACUCACUUUCAAGGUGGUUGCUAAAAAUGGGAGUUGAAUCGGGGCUCCUCGGGGAAGUUGGUUCCGGGGCUCGCUGCGUUCCAGCCCCAUCUCCAGCGCCCGGGCUGUGCUGAGCGAGGCCGCUUUCCGGACGUUCUCCGCGCCCCUGUCCACCGCGCUGUCCCUCUCGGGGCUCCGGUAGCUGAGAGUCUGUUUACCAUCUCAGGCGGCGGACGAGUCCUGCCCGCGUCCUGGCUGUUCCCGAGUCUAAAGGUUCCUGGAGUGGACUUUCUGGCUUAGGGUCCAGUCCACACGGGAAAUGGAACCCGGGCAGCUGUGAGCGUUCUCUGUGUGGCUGUUCCUCGGAGCAGUAAACAGUGACUCACCCUCCCCUCUGCUCCCCGCCUCCCUGCUCCCUGCUCAUGGAAGAUGCGCUGCUCCCGUGUUUACUUUUGCUUUUUGUCAGUCAUGUUUCCUCUUUCUUGCAGUUUCAGGAAAUUGAAAGUGUUGUCUUCAAAUCAUAGAACUUCAGAACGGGUAGAAACGAAUGUAGGGAUCAUGUCAUACACGUACCCCCCACCCCCACCCCAUUUUACCCAAGGACACCAAGCCCGAGGCCUCGGUACCUGGCCUGCGGCCGCGGAGUCUGACAUCCGGGGUCUGGGGUGGCACCCUGCCUGCUUUUCUGCGCUGCCUGUCGGCUGCCCUGGAUGAGGGGAGGCUGGAGAGAUCCAGUUUCCAAGCCCUUCUGUUCGGGUGACCGUGCCCAGGUUAUGACGACUAAUCCCAAACCAAACAAGGCAUUAAAGGUCAAGAAGGAGGCGGGCGAGAACGCCCCGGUGCUCAGCGAUGACGAGCUGGUGUCCAUGUCGGUGCGGGAGCUGAACCAGCACCUGCGGGGCCUCACCAAGGAGGAGGUGGCCCGCCUGAAGCAGCGCCGGCGCACGCUCAAGAACCGCGGCUACGCGGCCAGCUGCCGCAUCAAGCGCGUGACGCAGAAGGAGGAGCUGGAGCGGCAGCGGGUGGAGCUGCGGCAGGAGGUGGAGAAGCUGGCCUCGGAGAACGCCAGCAUGAGGCUGGAGCUCGACGCGCUGCGCUCCAAGUACGAGGCCCUGCAGACCUUCGCCCGCACCGUGGCCCGCGGGCCCGUCGCCCCCACCAAGGUGGCCACCACCAGCGUCAUCACCAUCGUCAAGUCCGCCGACGUCUCCUCCGCCUCCGUGCCCUUCUCGGCCGCCUCCUAGUGGCCCGCCGCCGGGGGGGGGGGGGGGGGGCGGGGCGGGCGGGGGGCGCCCCCCCGGGUGCCCGCCGGAGGGUCCGCGUGGCGCGGACCCCUUAACGCCCCAGGCGAAGCGCAGGCUCCCGGCGGGGACGAGGCCGAGGGCGCGGCCGCAGAUGGGGUCUGGCGAGCCCGCGGGCCGCACGCCUUCCCGCACGCACGCGCACGCACGCGCACGCACACAGCCGGCCCUCCCCCGGGCCCCGCCGGCGCUCCCCAGAAGGUCUCCGGGGGCGCGUGUCUCGCGCCGGGGGGGCGUCGGGGCGUAUGGAGGGAAGGUCCUCAGAAGGUCGCCGGCCCUGUGGCCCGGAUGGCAGGGGCUCUGUGUGCCACCCCUCCCGAGGGCGGCCUGUCGUGGUCCAGCGGCCGGUGCGGGCACCCCCUCCCUGCCCUGACUGAGCUCCGGGUGCCUGGGGAGGAGCCGUUUGUCCCCGGUGACGAACAGCACCCCGACCCUGCUUCAGCCCCGCCAGAGGCCCGCGCCCCGCGAGGCGGAGGGAGGGGGGGCCGCUCUAGGACUGCGCGCGCCUGGGGGCGCGCCUGCCGUGACACCCGCGGGCCGGCGGCGCGGGGCCUCGGAGGAGCGGGUUGGUCCGGGUGGUCCCUUGGGGGCCUCCGGGGUACGCGUGCAGACUUGCACGAGGACUCGGGGAUCUCCCCUCUGUUGGACCGACCCCGGGGAGGUCCGCAGCGGGGAGCUGGCCGGGAGCCCUGCGCGGGGAGGGCCGGCAGGGUCCGGGGCGGAAGCGGAGCUACCCCCGCCGAGCAGGUGGGAAGUCGGCGGCGGCCUCGGGAGUGGGUUGUGGUCCCGCUGCCAGAGCGACCGGUGGAGCCCGAGGGUGAGGAGGGUGUGAUGGCCAAGGAGGUGACGCUAGGCACCGGGCCAGGACCAGCCUUCUGGGGGCGCCCGGGUGGUCUGUUGGUGCAGAGGACAAGGGGACGCGGCCACCUUGGUGCUUAUUCCUCGCCUGAAACUUUUACCUGUUCUUUCUUUCUGACACUUGGAGCCCCUGAUGACCUCGGUGACCUUUGCUGGGGCUCCCGGCUUCCUCUUGGCCUGUCCCCCGCCACCUAGGGAGACCCCCAGCGAGCUGCAAGGCCCCUGUGCAGGAAGAGGCAGACUGGGCGGGACAGACGCCCGGAGAGCUCCCUACGGAAGACGUCUGGGUCUCUCCGGCAGCACUGCCGAGCGGCCGCGGCCUUGGCCUUGUCCUGGGGGAAGGCGAGGGGUCUGGGGCGCGCCGGAUCCUUAACGGAGCAAAAGGCCGGUGUGUAAAAAAAAAAAUUAAAAAAAAAAAAAGCUGUCGAUACCAUAGCCAUGGUAGGUAAUCCACAUUGGAUAUCAAUAAGGACCACGGGGAAAUAUUUAAAAGAGAGAAAAGUAUAUAUAUAUAUAAAAUUAUAUACACAUUUUAUCGUACAGAUUUUUCGUAACUUUUUUCCUGUUUUUACUGUAAGUCCCUAAUCGAGCAGAGCUGCGGCUGGAGUAGGGGGGGGUGGGGGCCGGGGGCUGUCGCCGCUGCCCGCUGCCCUCGGGAGUGCUGGCGCCCUGCAUGCCCCCUCCCCCCACCCCGCCCCUGCCCAGAGGGGGCUUCUGUCACCGCCCGGGGCACCUCGCCACGCCUGCCCGCUCCUGGGGACCAGGGGCCAGGGAAGGAAGACCGGAGCAUUCUUUCCUUUCAGCUCGUUGAGAUUUCACGUCCCCGUUUUAAUAUAUGGAUUUGUUUUAUUUAAAAGGCAAGGAUCUCUGUCCCUUGGGUUUGUUUUCCUGAUUCUUGUGCUUCAGACUCGGGGUCCUUCCCGAGGGAGGCAGACUCUGUCCUCCCAGGGGGCAAGGCCUCCCAUUUCCUGGCCUUGGUCACUCAGCUGUUCCAUUUCAAUAUUUAUUUUUGUGCUGCUUUUAUCAUGGUAUAAAUUAUUGAGAAGAGACCCCACGUCGUGGUCCUUGUCCGUAUGACAUGUGCCCUGCGCCUGCCCUGUCCCCUCACGGCCACCACCUAAUUUAUUGCUGUACAUCUCUGCUGUGACGCUUUUGUACCUUUGCAAUAAAGAGUUUUCUGGUUUCA